AACAUUUUAUUUUUCGCAUUCAUUUGCAAAGUUGAAAAAAAAGAAACGAAAAUUUUGUUAUGAAAGUAAACUAAACACUGUAUCAAUCAUUUUUAUGAACUCACCUCCAAUCCAUUUGUGAAUUUUCCGAUUUUCCGAAAACGAAUUUUUUUUAUCAACCUCGUCGGCUUGAUAAUAGAAAAUGAAAAUCUGAAAAAUGAAAAUUAAGUGCUUCUAAAAAAUCAUUUACCAUGUUUCGAAGACUUUUGCGUGAAGAAUUCAUAAUUCAUUCUUUGCUAGGCACUGGAGCUGUUGGUUUCGUCGCAAUAUAUUCUGCUCAAGCUCUGGUCAGCGAUCGGAUUGCUAAUACAUAUAAGCUGAAAAAAACUGAUGGAGAGCCGGUUCCACUCAGAGCUCACAUUAAAAUACGGUUUGACGAAGUUCUGUCCGAUUUUAGCUUGACCGAUUGGCAAAAGAAAUUCUAUAACGUAUUCGUUUGUGAAGGACUCGAACCGUUCCAUUUAGGUAGUACUCAAGUGAGCAGAGGAGUAUAUAUUGGAAUCCCUCAGUUUAUUCAGGCUGCAGAUGAAGAAGAAAUCAAGAAAUGUAAAAUACUGAUCAAUGACAAACCGGUGGACUGGGAUUCUCCGGAUGGCGAACGUUUACUUGAGUCGUUAGUAUUGAGUGAGAAGGCGCAAAAAUUUGUACUAGCAAAACUAAUCCUUCAAGGAGACACUUACAGAUUCUUAUUCGAAUCAUUUUUACCUAGUUUGCUUUUAUCGACGUAUUACGUUGUUGGUUUUUUUGCGCAUAAAUUUUUGAAUCUUUUACAUAAACCGUUUGGACUGUCGAUUGUCGUCCAUUCAGCUAUCGGAGGAUUUAUCGUACUAAUCUACCUAUUUUUAAGGGAUGGAAUGACCAUAAGUUACGAUAAAAGUUUCGAAGAAAAGAUAUAUUCAAAAGGCGAGGCAUACAUCAUGGGAGGUAUAGAGUUCUACGAAAAAAGAAUUCAAAGAAAUAAAGCGUUAAGAAACUUGGUGAAAAAUGGCGAAAGGCGUUACUCUGUUCUCGGCAACGAAAUGAGCUUUUUUAGAUCGAAAGGUUUGCCAGAAACUUUCAAAUUAAAAGUGGCUGUCGAAGCUUUGGAAAAAAAUUACCAAAAACAAUACGCCACUCAAAUACCAACUCCUCGAAAACCGCAACCAAUCAUGUAAUCACGGAUGGAAAGAUCAAGUUCGCAAAAAUUCAGGAAAAUUUUGUAUAAGAAACUUCUUUGCGUACAGAUUACUGAAUCGAUUCAGUCUUCACCGAGCAUUUAAAGUGAUAGCUGUCCAUUCUAUCCCUAUAACAAGUUAUAUGUGUGAUGUGAAAAGUCUGUAAUGAAAUGUUAAUUCUUGAAGUUUUUGUAGUCAUUUGUAGACAAGAAUGUUUAAAUAAAUGUUUUCGUUCGUA